AUGUCUCUUUCGCCACCAGUUUUGGCAGUCACAGAUCAUGUAUCCCAGCGAUACGCAGACAAAAUGCUUACAAUUGCAGCUGCAUAUGAGGAACGACUACCACCGUCCUCACCGUCGCAGACAACAGCCGCAACAUUACCACUACCGUAUUCACCGUCGCAGAUGGUAGUCGCAACCUCACUACCACCGUCCUCAUGGACACUGGCAACAGCGGCAACAACAUCACUACCACCGCCCUCAUGGACAUUGGCAACAGCGGCAACAACAUCACUACCACCGUCCUCACCGUAG